CGGGAUCGCGAGUCGCUCCGCGCAGAGACUGGAGGGAACCUCGACCAAAAGGGGAAGACGUCGCCUGCUCGUCCCCUAGAAGUCGCGACAAAACGCUCGGAGGCCGCAGCAGCCGGACGGGCGUCCUCGCCCCGCACUGGUCCGCGAGGGAGGGAACGCAGCCCGGGACACGCGCUCAUCCCGCACGGGACCUGGAUGGACCUGGAUUUCGGGACUUCGGCCGCCGCCCGGUCUCAGGGCCCGACUCAAUAUUCACCCACGUUCCGGGACCAAGAGGCUUGGAAGAGGCUUGGUGGUGACUGCUGCUCAGAUUUCCUGGGGGGGGGAAUCACCUUCUGAAACUACCACCCCCAGUAUUUAUAGUUUGGAGUUUCAAAACGACAAAGAACUACGGAGGACCCUGGUGUCGCCCUAAUUGCCUUGGCCAUCCGGAAGGCUGCACCCCAGCGCGGCGAGUGCUCACCUGCGCGAAGAAGAGCGGCGCUGCCUCCCGUUUUUAUGUCCUGCAAAGUCCCAGAAGGGCCGUUCAACAGUUUGCACGUUUCCUAAGGACACGUUUUUUAUGAUGGCAUAUUUCUUACUUCCAUAAACAACAAUAAAUAAUGAACUUUCACUUGAGCUGUCGCUUCUUAGCACACCGAGAGGAACGAGAGUUGUAAACUUAUGCCUGCCUCUUGAAGUCGACAACAUUUAACUUUAUAAACUCCCAAACUGUAGAAGUCGGGAGAAUGGGUUUUAACGUCUGUUUUACGUUUGCCAACACUUAAUGUCAGUUUUCAUUAAUCCUCACGAUCUGCUGCCUAACCCUGAACUCAUCAUGGAUAACAUUCAAGACCCGGAAGGAGGCUCGGAGGGAUCUGACCGUGUAUAUCUACCUGGUCCUGUAGACGAGAAGGAGCCUGGACACAGUGACACUUUCUCAAAGGCCCUGCAGGACCGCCAUGGCUUAUGAUGACGCCGUGAAGAAAGAAGAUUGCUUUGAUGGUGAUCACAGCUUUGAGGACAUAGGACUAGCGGCCGGCCGAAGCCAACGAGAAAAGAAACGUUCUUACAAAGACUUUCUGAGGGAAGAGGAAGAAAUUGCCGCUCAGGUCAGGAAUUCUUCCAAGAAGAAGCUAAAGGACAGCGAACUUUACUUCUUGGGGACGGACACGCACAAGAAGAAGAGGAAGCACUCCGAUGAUUACUACUAUGGAGGACAGUGGUUCUUGUUCUGAGUGCCGAUAAACCAGUGUGAAGGAGGAAAGAGGUGGAGGGCUGGUAUUUUGGAGGAAUCAGCAUAGAAGAACAGUCUUCAUUUGUGAUACACCAGAUAUUUCGUCUUUGGAAUCGUCACAGAAGAAAAAGAAAAGGUCCAGCCCGCAAGCUGCUGAUACAGCUAUGGACCUACUGAAAGCUAUCACUUCUCCAUUGGCAGCAAGCUCCAAGCCCCCCAAAAAGAUGGGGGAAAAGUCCUCUGGUUCUUCAGGCCAUUCAGAGAGUAAAAAGGACCACCACAGGAAAAAAGUGAGUGGAAGCAGUGGCGAACUGUCCCUGGAGGAUGGCGGUUCCCACAAAUCCAAAAAAAUGAAACCGCUCUACGUGAACACUGAGACGCUGACCCUUCGGGAGCCUGAUGGCUUAAAGAUGAAACUUAUUCUCUCACCAAAGGAGAAGGGAAGCAGCUCGGUUGAUGAGGAGUCUUUUCAGUACCCCUCUCAGCAAGCGGCUGCAAAAAAGUCCUCUAAGAAGUCGGCUCGGGAUGAGCAAGGUGCUUUACUCCUAGGACACGAACUACAGAGCUUUCUGAAAACAGCCCGGAAGAAGCACAGGUCGUCCUCAGACCCACAUUCGUCCCCUGGCCCUGAAGGCUGUGGGCCAGAUGCCCCCCAGCUCCCAGAGGCCCACAGUGCUAACCUGGAUCUGUCGGGGCUCGAACCCAUCCUGGUGGAAUCAGACUCGUCCUCCGCAGGGGAGCUGGAGGCUGGCGAGUUGGUGAUAGAUGACUCUUACCGGGAGGUCAAGAAGAAGAAGAAGUCCAAGAAGAGCAAGAAGAAGAAGGACAAGGAGAGGCACAGGGAGAGGCGCCACUCCAAGUCCCGUAGGAGCUCAGGACCCGCCCCGGCGGGGGACGCCCCGGCGACACCCGGCCCUCCGCCCAGCAGCCCCUACCCUGGAGCAGUGGCUCUGCCGCCCAGCCUCCACACAGACGGCCAUAGUGAGAAAAAAAAGAAAAGAGAGGAGAAGGAGAAAGAGAGAGAAAGAGGAGAAAAGCCAAAAAAGAAGAACAUGUCGGCCUACCAGGUGUUCUGUAAGGAGUACCGCGUGAGCAUCGUGGCUGACCACCCGGGCAUAGAUUUUGGGGAACUCAGUAGAAGACUGGCUGAGGUGUGGAAGCAGUUGCCAGAAAAGGACAAGCUGAUUUGGAAGCAAAAAGCUCAGUAUCUGCAACACAAACAGAACAAAGCAGAAGCUACAACUGUGAAAAGAAAAGCAUCCAGCUCAGAAGGCUCCGUGAAAGUAAAAGCUUCCUCUACAGGAGUACUGUCACCCCAAAAGAAGUCUCCGCCCACCACCAUGCUGUUACCAGCCUCACCGGCCAAAGCCCCUGAGACAGAGCCCAUUGAUGUUGCCGCUCAUCUACAGCUGUUGGGAGAGUCCCUGAGCCUCAUCGGGCACCGCCUGCAGGAAACAGAGGGCAUGGUGGCUGUGUCCGGCAGCUUGUCAGUGCUCCUGGAUUCCAUCAUCUGCGCGCUCGGCCCCUUGGCAUGUCUGACCACACAGCUGCCGGAACUGAAUGGCUGUCCCAAGCAGGUCUUGUCAAACACACUAGACAACAUUGCUUACAUCAUGCCUGGACUGUGACAGCAGAGAUCCUGGGACGCAACCUUGUCCUACCCCAUUGCUGGUUUGUGUAUAUAUGACCGUUCCAGACUCCUUCACUGGCCACUGGGUGUAGGUUUUAAAUUUUUAUAUACAUAUACAUAAAUAUAUAUAUAUAUAUAUAUAUAAUGUACAAUAUAUACAUAGGACUGUAACUUCGCUUUUAAUAAUUUUAUGAAAUGGCAAAGGUUUAGCCAAGAGGAAACCUUGGCAUGAAUAUGGGCUUGGGAUUCUUUUUCUCCUGUGGUGGAUAAAUCUGCCUUAAAAAUCAAUGUAACUUGGGGGCUGGGGGCUUGUUCUGGGUGCCAAGUGCAUCUCUUUAUGGACAGCUAAAAUGUGAUUUUUUUCCCAAGCUCAGUUGUACCUCCAGACCCAUCACUGACCAUUUGCCUUACCUGUCUUACAGUCCGAAAUGUAACAGGAAAGAUUAUAGGAAGAUGCCAGUUGACUGAAAGCGCAAAAGCCUUUCAACGUAAAGUGUCUUAGGUGGGAGGUGAUAAAAUCAUUCCCAUCUGAGAGUUAUUGCAAUGGCUUAGGUGAACCUAAUAGGGGGUUCAUUCCAGUUCCUGCUAUAUACAGGUGUCCAUGUCUCAAAAUUUAUUGUAAUCAUUGGCAGCCUCAGUAGGGGCCAAGGAGUUCUGUGAGCCCUGGCAGCAUAAAACACCUUGAAGAGGGUAAAGCUGUCAAUGCCACCGGUUGAACUGCAUACAUUGUGAGCUGACCCAGAAUCUUUGGCCUGCAGAACGAAGAGCUGGUAUCUUCCAAUGGCAGCAUUCGCUUAGCCACCAAGUCCUCACAGGUUCUGCUUAGUUGCUUGGUGGCUGUGGAAGAUGAACUUUGCCCAGCGGGAUUCUUGGGUUCAUCUUAUUGGCUCCCCUGGUGGGCAAAUACUGUGUUCUGCAUUCCACACAUAAGUGAAUUGCAAAAAAAGUAGUUAAUUCUCUUAUUUAUGUGCGCGUGUGAACGUGUUUUAAUUAUGUGUAUUUAACUCUUUAAAGUCUCUUAGAUUUUAAUUUAUCCUGUAAAUUUCUGUAUAUAUAAUUUAAUAACAAAAGCCUCCACCAGCAAGAGCAUGUGGAAGAUACAGAUGUUAUUUCUUCCUCCCUUCCUUCCUCUGAUCUCCUCUGAAAACUCCAAAUCACCUGCAUUUGAGGUAUUGUGCCUCAAAAAGGAAUCAUUAUGUCAGGAUUCUAGUUCUUUAUAAUUCAAUAAUGUCAAGAAAGUUAAAUAAAAAGGACUGUUUCCAUUCCCAGCUGCCCUUAUUUCCAAAGAACCAUACUUUUGCUUCCUAGUUCCAAAGAAGACAGUUGAGCACUUCAGGGUUGUUCUUAAAUGUGUGAGAUUCCCUGCCAAACACCAGCUCUGAGGUAACUGCUUUCUGACCCGGGCUAGACGGAGCUCUGCGGCAUCAAAGUAGAGGUCUGAGGAUGGUGCAGGCGGCCUGCAUCCUGUUUAACGCCUUCCCUUCUCCCCGCCAGUGUGGCCGCUGGCUGUGUUUCUUAAGGUAUCCUGGCUGCUGAAUGCCUUUCUCAGCUCAGAGCAGUUUUGAGAUUUAAUUGGGGAAACAGAAGGAAACAGGAAUGUUUGGGAACCAAAAUCAAGAACAGAAAUCCUGUUUUGAUUUCAUGUGUUAGAACCGGUACCGUGCCUCAUAUGUACCCAGGGAAGUUUCCUGUUGACAGGGUAUAAAGGAGGGGCCUUGAAGACGUGGCUUAGUACCGAAAGAAGGCAGUCCUACCAUUGUCAUUUGUAUACGUUAAUGAAAUCCUGAUGAGGACCUGCUUUUUGUUUGUUUUCCUUUAAAAUCCAAUCCUAUUGUAUUUGUAUUUAAAAUUUGUACACAUUUGUAUAAUAACCUGUACCUUGUGGAAUUUGGUACUAUUAGAGGAAAAACUUUGGAUUCAGACCUUCUUGCAGUUUUUAUAUCAUUGUUUUAUUUUGUUUUUAAAAUAAAUCCUAUAGCGGUUUGAUCCAAAUUCCAUUGCCGUUGUAUAAAGAAAUAAAAUUUUGUACUUAUAUUAUUAAAAAUCACAUUUUUAAUAUUUAUAGUCCAGUCUCAGCUAUCAUUUCCCUGCUGCCAACAACAGUUGCUCUGAAACUAUAAAACCUGUUUUUCACACUAUAUCCUACCAUAAUUUUAUUUUUUUUAAAAAUCCAUCUGUAGUAGAGGUCAAACUUCUGAUCUUAGCCAAUUUCCUAUCGUACAUCUUGCUCUGUUUCUGUUAAAUUCUACAGUGUAGUCUCUCAGGUUCUCUUGCAAAUUACAAACCGAGUGAUUCUGAUAAGUGUAACUCUGUUCAUUGACAAAUAAAAUUGUAUGUACA